GUAAACAAAGUUUGUAAACACCGAACAGUCCGUAGCGUUGUUAGUAGAUUCUAAUCGUACAAAUACGCACUUUUAAUUUUAUUUUUAAUGAUUUAGCUUUUAAAAGAGAAUACCAUACUUAAGAUGCUAUUCAAUCAUGACAGACGACAAAAUUGAGUUUACCUCUCUUAGUGAAGAGAAGAAAGAAUUGAACAGCCUGAAGCCAAAGGAGAAACAUGUGGUGUCCGUCCCAUUUGUCAACCAGUGCUACUCCUGGGACUGUGGUCUGGCUUGUGUUUCUAUGAUACUCAGGAUGUUUAAUGAGCCUUGUGAUGAUGUGUACACUAAAGACUUGGACUCACUACAGUGUGGAGAAAGUAUCUGGACAAUUGAUCUGGCUUAUAUUUUAAUGAGACACAACGUUCAUUCAUGUCUGUAUACCAUCACUCUGGGAGUCAAUGGGGAUCAUUGCAAAAAGUCAUUUUACAGGAGUAGCUUCUCUGUUGAUGAAGUGAGGGUCAAGAACAUGUUUGACUCGGCUGCCCAGAAUGGUGUGCUGGUAGAAAAAAAGUGUCUGUCUCUGGAUGACCUUAUCCAGCACCUCCAGAAUAACAAUCCAUUAAUUGUCCUGGUAGACUGGACGUUGAUGAAGUGUUUGUGGUGUGAGAGCAAGCUAAGAAAGUGUUGGUCUUGUGUGACCUGCAACAAGGGGCCCUAUCAAGGUCACUUCAUCGUGGUUUGUGGCUAUGACACCCACAAGGCUUUGAUUUUCUACAAGAAUCCUGACUCUCAUUUUCAUGACACUUGCUGUAUCCACAUGGAAGAAUUUGACAGAGCCAGGAAAAGUGACGGCACGGAUGAAGACACAUUGUACAUUUUUAAUCAAACUUUUAGAGGGGGUAUCGGUGACUGUGCAUAAUUUUAACACAUCAACUCAGAUCAUCUUUGAUGGAUUAGCAGGCAGUCUACAUGUUUCUAUAACUUCAAAUUUGUGAAUUAAGGUUUUUAAAGGUUUUCUUCUAUUUAUUAAAUUUAUGUAGUUAAAUUUGUUGAAGCUUGUCAGUCCUGAUAUGAGAAAUGUUAUACCAAGUCAUUUAUAGAGGACAAUCUUAAGCUGGGAACUAAAAACUUUUGUCGUAAAUGUUCCUUUUUACACUUUCAAUGCAUUUUCUACAUGGAGCUACAUAAUCUAUUUAUCGUUUAUUUUUUAUGUGCCAAAAUUUAUGAAUGAAACACUACAGUAUAAAUUUUAAUUCAGCUACAAAGUAAACUUAUGAUUGAUAAGAUACUACAAUGCAAACUUCUGAUUGGUUAGUAUAAUGUUAUGUAAAAUUCUGAUUGGUUCAUAUUAUGUGAGUAGGCUUUUGAUUGUUAAAUAUAUUGCAAGGAAAACUCCUGAUAGGUCAAUACACUGCAAGGUACUACCAGGCUCUGAUGGAAUCAAAGUUUCUAUGCAAUAUGAACAGACCUAUGUUUUUUUAGUAUUCUUUGUUAAAAAAAAAUCUGCAUGUUUUAAUCUGUAAUUUGUUUUUUUCAACUCUAGUUAUGCGAUUGCUGUUGUUUUAAUUUAACCCUUAAAACCUGCUCAGAAAUAACAAAUGAAA